AUGAACAAGACAUUGUUCUUGCGUAUUGUGCAUCGUCUCGAGCAAGAAGUGGAUUAUUUUAAACCUUCAGAAGAUGCAACCGGUCGGUCUAGCCUAACCGCGCUCCAAAAAUGUACCGCAGCUAUUCGUCAGUUGGCGUAUGGUGGUGGGGCUGACACCGUUGACGAAUAUGUCCGACUAGGUGAAACCACAGCUAGAAAAUGUUUGCACCAUUUUACCAACGCGAUCAUCCACUUGUUUGGUGAUGAAUACCUUAGAUCUCCUACUCCGGAGGAUCUGCAAAGACUACUUUAUAUUGGGGAACAACGUGGAUUUCCGGGAAUGGUUGGAAGCAUCGACUGUAUGCAUUGGGAGUGGAAGAAUUGCCCUGCCGCUUGGAAAGGAAUGUAUUCACGAGGAACCGGAAAACCGACAAUUGUGCUGGAGGCGGUUGCUGACUACGACCUUUGGAUAUGA